UUCCCAUUCGUACAGUUCCAAUUAACGAAUUUUGUUUUUUACUUGUGGAUUGUUUCGGUUCAACGUUCAACUCGCUUAGUCAUCGUUUUAUUUGUCCAGAUUAAUCAAGUUAAUCGUCUCCCGAAAUUUGAUCAACAUCAGCAGAAGAUCCGUCUUUGUUUUCCACGCAAUCUUUAGAUCGGAUCAUCAUGCAGUUCUGGCAGUGCCCGUUAUUACUGAUGGUUUCGCUGAUCGCCGCCAUCAACACCCAGCAGACGCCGUCACAGCGGCUCGAACCCAAUCAAGUGGCCGGGCUUGUCGAGCUCCAGCAGCAGUUGGAACCGUCUCGCGAACAGCAAGAACAGCCGGCUCAAGCUGAUAAUAAGGGCCAUCAACUAGCAGCCGCCGCUUCGCUGCAGCUGACACCAAACGAUUGGAGGGGCACUGAGGAUAAACGAAACUGGAACCGGAUGCAAGGAAUGUGGGGCAAACGGAGCCAGCAACAGUCAGACGAAUCGGCUACCUUGCACGACGUGACUCCGCAACGGAUGGUGAAACGAGCUUGGUCGGAUUUAUCGCAACAAGGAUGGGGCAAAAGGAGCUGGACCCAAUUGCACGGCGUGUGGGGUAAACGCCGAUGGGACCAACUGCACGGCGCCUGGGGUAAGCGGACACCCGUUGACGGACAAGUCGACAGCCAAGAGGAUCAAUCAGUGGAACAGACGGAACGUGAGGACGUGAGCGAUUCGGACGAGUUGGACACUACCAAACGCUCCGGUUGGAAUAAAAUGCAAGGUGUUUGGGGCAAACGAAGCGGCACUCCAAAUCUGGAUGGCAUUGGCAACAACGACUUACUUCUCAUGCUCUCCGGUGACCAACUCUACCUGAGAGAUGAUGAUCAACCGACGGCCAAACUUGUCGAGGAUGAUGAAAAUGGAGAAUUGGUGAACAAAAGGGCCUGGAACCAGAUGCAAGGUGCUUGGGGCAAACGGGCUCUGUCGGCCAUGGCGGCCGGCUACAAGCGAAACUGGAACAAUCUGCGCGGAGCUUGGGGUAAGCGUGAAAUACCUGCCGCUGUCGCAAAAGGUAUGGAAUGGUCACGAAAACGUGAAUCAGGCUGGAAUAAUCUGAAAGGUCUCUGGGGGUGAAAACGGAAAAAAAAAAAAAAAAGAAGAUCGCGACUUCUCCCCGCUUUUCCGUUUGAAUCGCUAAUUUUCUCCCCUGUGCCGGCCGUGUCCACAUUUUUAGAAAAUUCCAAACGCCGCAGCAUCGUUUCGACAGACUGAAAAUAGCGCAUUCGAUAUAUUUAUAUGAUUUUCGCUCGUUUGAUUUCUCUGGUUCAUUCUAUCCCAUUGCCCUUCGUUUUUUUUUUGUGUUUAACGAUACAAUUAUAUACAAGACAUCAAAAACAAACAAAAAAACGCAUCUUCAAACGCGGACUAUCAAUUUUCAAUGGAUUCAAAGAAAAAAAUCUAUUCGUUCCACGCCCAUUAAACAGAAAAAUAUUUAUCCGAAAUGAUAUACACAAAAAGGAAAAAAGAUGUACCUGUUUAAACAGCAUGGUACAUGUUACAUCUUGGCUAUUGUUACAGUGGCAAAUCGCUGCUCGAAUUUGUUUUGAUGUAUUUAACACAUAUUUGAGAACAGAACAGAGAAACGAUAUAUCAAGUCGCGAUUUUGCUAUACAAUGAUUGCCAGUUAUAGACUGAUAUAGUGUUGCAAACGACGACUCUUAUUACAAAGAAACAAAAGAAAUAUGAAUGUAUACAUUAUUAUAUAUGUAUUGGCAG